GAGCCGGCUCUCAGUUGCGCUGAGAGCGCACUGGCGUGUAGAUCAGAAAAAGGGGAAAGCUGCGAAAGAGUAACCUCUGGUGGCGCGAUAAAAACGUAAAUAAGCGGUUUAAACAGCAGUUCUCCGCGAGAACACGUGAGAACCCUUUACCGGAGCCAUUCCGGCUGCCGUCGGGACUGCGGGAGAGUUUGUGUUGGUAGUUUUUUACCUCAUUUCAAAGCGGCGUGCCGAGAGAGACGCGUCCGUUUGAAUUGAGAAGAUGCACGGACCGCCUUCCGGCGACAGCGCAUGCCCACUGCGCCUCAUCAGAAAGGUUCAAUUCGGCAUCAUCAGCCCAGAUGAACUUAAACGGCUGUCUGUUACAGAAGGGGGCAUCAAGUACCCCGAAACAACUGAAGGUGGCCGCCCCAAAUUAGGGGGGCUGAUGGACCCCAGACAGGGGGUGAUCGAGCGGUCAGGCCGCUGCCAGACGUGUGCAGGUAACAUGACGGAGUGCCCGGGUCACUUCGGGCACAUAGAGCUGGCCAAGCCGGUGUUCCACGUGGGCUUCAUGACGAAGAUCAUUAAGGUCAUGCGCUGCGUGUGCUUCUUCUGCUCCAAGCUGCUCGUGGACUCGAAUAACCCCAAGAUCAAAGACAUCCUGAUGAAGUCGAAGGGGCAGUCCCGCAAGCGCCUCACCCACGUGUACGAGCUGUGCAAGGGCAAGAACAUCUGCGAGGGCGGGGAGGAGAUGGACAACAAGUUCGGAGUGGAGCAGACCGAGACCGAGGAGGACCUGGGCAAGGAGAAGGGUCACGGGGGCUGCGGGCGGUACCAGCCUCGUAUCCGCCGCACGGGGCUGGAGAUGUACGCGGAGUGGAAGCACGUGAACGAGGACUCCCAGGAGAAGAAGAUUCUGCUGAGCCCGGAGCGGGUCUACGAGAUCUUCAAACGCAUCUCCGACGAGGAGGACGUCAUCCUGGGCAUGGACCCCAAGUACUCGCGCCCCGAGUGGAUGAUCGUCACCGUGCUGCCCGUGCCCCCCCUUUCCGUGCGGCCCGCCGUGGUCAUGCAGGGAUCGGCGCGCAACCAGGACGAUCUGACCCACAAGCUGGCGGACAUCGUGAAGAUCAAUAACCAGCUGCGUCGCAACGAGCAGAGCGGCGCCGCGGCCCACGUGAUCGCCGAGGACGUCAAGCUGCUGCAGUUCCACGUGGCCACGAUGGUGGACAACGAGCUCCCAGGCCUGCCCAGGGCCAUGCAGAAGUCUGGCCGCCCCCUCAAAUCUCUCAAGCAGAGGUUAAAGGGCAAGGAAGGCCGGGUGCGCGGGAACCUGAUGGGCAAGCGAGUGGAUUUCUCCGCUCGAACCGUCAUCACGCCAGACCCCAACCUGUCCAUCGACCAGGUCGGUGUGCCACGCUCCAUCGCAGCCAACAUGACCUUCCCCGAGAUCGUCACGCCUUUUAACAUUGACCGGCUCCAGGAGUUGGUGCGGAGGGGUAACAGCCAGUACCCCGGAGCCAAGUACAUCAUCCGAGACAACGGAGACCGGAUAGACCUGCGCUUCCACCCCAAGCCCAGUGACCUGCACCUGCAGAUCGGAUACAGAGUGGAGAGGCACAUGUGUGACGGUGACAUCAUCAUCUUCAACAGACAGCCCACGCUGCACAAGAUGUCUAUGAUGGGACACAGGGUGCGGAUCCUGCCGUGGUCGACGUUCCGACUCAAUCUGAGCGUGACGACCCCCUACAACGCGGAUUUCGACGGGGACGAGAUGAACCUGCACCUGCCACAGUCCCUGGAGACCCGCGCGGAGAUUCAGGAGCUGGCCAUGGUGCCCAGAAUGAUUGUCACGCCCCAGUCCAACCGACCUGUCAUGGGCAUCGUGCAGGACACACUGACCGCCGUGCGCAAGUUUACCAAGAGGGACGUCUUCCUGGAGCGGGGGGAGGUGAUGAAUCUCCUCAUGUUCCUCUCCACCUGGGACGGAAAGGUUCCCCAGCCGGCCAUCCUGAAGCCGCGGCCGCUGUGGACCGGGAAACAGGUCUUCACCCUCAUCAUCCCAGGACACAUCAACGCCAUCCGUACCCACAGCACCCACCCUGACGACGAGGACAGCGGCCCCUACAAGCACAUCUCCCCCGGGGACACCAAGGUGAUCGUGGAGAACGGCGAGCUCAUCAUGGGUAUCCUGUGUAAGAAGUCUCUGGGCACCUCGGCCGGCUCUCUGGUGCAUCUCUCCUACCUGGAGAUGGGUCACGACACCACCAGGCUGUUCUACAGCAACAUCCAGACUGUCAUCAACAACUGGCUGCUCAUCGAGGGUCACUCCAUCGGUAUUGGAGACUCCAUUGCUGAUGCCAAGACCUACCUGGAUAUCCAGAGCACCAUCAAGAAGGCCAAGCAGGAUGUGAUAGAGGUCAUCGAGAAGGCUCACAAUAACGAGCUGGAGCCCACGCCCGGAAACACGCUGAGGCAGACCUUCGAGAACCAGGUGAACAGGAUCCUGAACGACGCCCGUGACAAGACGGGCUCCUCCGCGCAGAAAUCCCUGUCCGAGUACAACAACUUCAAAUCCAUGGUGGUGGCCGGGUCCAAGGGCUCCAAGAUUAACAUCUCCCAGGUCAUCGCCGUGGUGGGGCAGCAGAACGUGGAGGGAAAGCGCAUCCCGUUCGGGUUCAAGCACCGCACGCUGCCGCACUUCAUCAAGGACGACUACGGGCCGGAGAGCCGUGGCUUCGUGGAGAACUCGUACCUCGCCGGCCUCACCCCCACAGAGUUCUUCUUCCACGCCAUGGGAGGGAGAGAGGGGCUGAUCGACACGGCCGUCAAGACUGCAGAGACAGGCUAUAUCCAGCGGCGGCUGAUCAAGUCCAUGGAGUCGGUGAUGGUGAAGUACGACGCGACUGUGCGGAACUCCAUCAACCAGGUGGUGCAGCUCCGAUACGGGGAGGACGGGCUGGCGGGAGAGUCCGUCGAGUUCCAGAACCUGGCCACCCUCAAGCCCUCGCACAAGUCCUUCGAGAAGAAGUUCAAAUUUGACUACACUAAUGACCGUGCUCUGCGGCGCAUCCUGCAGGAGGAGGUAGUGAAGGACGUGAUGACCAACGCCCUCGUGCAGGGCACCCUGGAGAAGGAGUUUGAGCAGAUGAAGGAGGACCGAGACAUCCUGAGAGCCAUCUUCCCGACGGGGGACAGCAAGGUGGUGCUGCCGUGUAACCUUGCCAGGAUGAUCUGGAACGCUCAGAAGAUCUUCCGCAUCAACACAAGAACCCCGACCGAUCUGAACCCGCUCAGAGUGGUGGAAGGUGUGAAGGAGCUCAGCAAGAAGCUGGUGAUCGUGAACGGGGACGACCCCCUGAGCAGGCAGGCCCAGCAGAACGCCACGCUGCUGUUCAACAUCCACCUGCGCUCCACGCUGUGCAGCCGACGCAUGACCGAGGAGUUCCGGCUCAGCACGGAGGCCUACGACUGGCUGUUGGGCGAGAUCGAGGCCAAGUUCAACCAGUCUAUCGCUCACCCUGGUGAGAUGGUGGGCGCUCUGGCAGCUCAGUCUCUCGGAGAGCCCGCCACUCAGAUGACCCUGAACACCUUCCACUACGCCGGCGUGUCGGCCAAGAACGUGACCCUGGGGGUGCCGCGUCUCAAGGAGCUGAUCAACAUCUCCAAGCGGCCCAAGACCCCCUCGCUGACAGUCUUCCUGCUGGGGCAGGCAGCACGAGACGCUGAGAGGGCCAAGGACAUCUUGUGCCGGCUGGAGCACACGACCCUGAGGAAGGUGACGGCGAACACUGCGAUCUACUACGACCCGAACCCGCAGAACACGGUGGUGACGGAGGACCAGGAGUGGGUGAACGUGUACUACGAGAUGCCCGACUUCGAUGUGACCCGCAUCUCCCCCUGGCUGCUGCGCAUCGAGCUGGACCGCAAGCACAUGACCGACCGCAAGCUCACCAUGGAGCAGAUCGCAGAGAAGAUCAACGCAGGUUUCGGUGACGAUCUGAACUGCAUCUUCAACGACGACAAUGCGGAGAAACUGGUGCUGAGAAUCCGCAUCAUGAACAGCGACGAGAACAAAUUCCAGGAGGACGAGGAAGUCGUGGACAAGAUGGACGACGACGUGUUCCUGCGCUGCAUCGAGUCCAACAUGCUGACAGACAUGACCCUGCAGGGCAUCGAGCAGAUCAGCAAGGUGUACAUGCACUUGCCCCAGACUGACAACAAGAAGAAGAUAAUCAUCACGGAGGAAGGGGAGUUCAAGGCCCUGCAGGAGUGGAUUCUGGAGACGGACGGCGUGGGGUUGAUGAGAGUGCUGAGCGAGAAGGACGUGGACCCCGUGAGGACCACGUCCAACGACAUCGUGGAGAUCUUCACUGUGCUGGGGAUCGAGGCUGUGCGCAAGGCAUUGGAGCGGGAGCUCUACCACGUCAUCUCCUUCGACGGCUCCUACGUCAAUUACCGCCACUUGGCGCUGCUGUGCGACACCAUGACCUGCCGCGGCCACUUGAUGGCGAUCACGCGCCACGGCGUGAACCGACAGGACACGGGGCCUCUCAUGAAGUGCUCCUUCGAGGAAACGGUUGAUGUCCUGAUGGAGGCAGCUGCUCAUGGGGAGAGCGACUCGAUGAAGGGGGUGUCUGAGAACAUCAUGCUGGGGCAGCUGGCUCCGGCCGGGACGGGCUGUUUCGAUCUGCUGCUGGACGCGGAGAAGUGCAAAUACGGCAUGGAGAUCCCCACCAACAUCCCCGGCAUCAGCGUGGCUGGACCCUCGGGUAUGUUCUUUGGCUCUGCUCCCAGUCCAAUGGGGGGAAUGUCCCCCGCGAUGACGCCCUGGAACCAGGGAGCCACGCCAGCGUACGGGGCCUGGUCUCCCAGCAUCGGCAGCGGCAUGACCCCCGGAGGGGCUGGAUUCUCUCCCAGCGCUGCGUCCGACGCCAGCGGCUUCAGCCCCGGCUACUCCCCUGCCUGGUCCCCCACACCGGGCUCCCCAGGGUCCCCAGGUCCUGCCAGCCCCUACAUCCCCUCCCCAGGUGGCGCCAUGUCUCCCAGCUACUCCCCCACCUCCCCGGCCUACGAGCCCCGCUCUCCAGGGGGCUACACCCCCCAGAGCCCUGGCUACUCUCCCACCUCCCCUUCCUACUCUCCCACCUCCCCUUCUUACUCCCCGACCAGCCCCAACUACAGCCCCACCUCCCCCUCCUACUCUCCCACCUCCCCUUCGUACUCCCCGACCUCCCCUUCCUACUCCCCCACAUCUCCCAGCUACUCCCCGACCUCUCCCAGCUACUCUCCCACCUCCCCUUCCUACUCCCCGACCUCCCCUUCCUACUCUCCCACGUCCCCCUCUUACUCCCCCACCAGCCCGUCUUACUCCCCUACCUCUCCCUCUUACUCCCCCACCUCUCCGUCCUACUCCCCUACCAGCCCCUCUUACAGCCCCACCUCCCCUUCCUACUCCCCGACCUCUCCUAGCUACAGCCCCACCUCCCCCUCCUACUCCCCCACCUCUCCCAACUACACCCCCACCAGCCCGUCUUACUCCCCCACCUCUCCCUCUUACUCCCCCACCUCUCCCAACUACACCCCGACUUCCCCCAACUACAGCCCCACUUCCCCCUCAUACUCCCCGACCUCUCCCAGUUACAGUCCCACCUCUCCUUCCUACUCUCCUUCCAGUCCUCGCUACACCCCCCAGUCCCCGACCUACACCCCCAGCUCUCCCAGUUACAGCCCCAGCUCCCCCAGUUACUCCCCUACCAGCCCCAAGUACACCCCCACCAGCCCUUCCUACAGCCCCAGCUCCCCAGAAUACACCCCGACCUCCCCCAAAUACUCUCCCACCUCCCCCAAAUACUCCCCCACUUCUCCCAAGUACUCCCCGACCUCUCCUACUUACUCCCCGACGACGCCCAAAUACAGCCCCACAAGCCCGACCUACUCUCCCGCUUCCCCGGGCUACACCCCUACCUCCCCCAAAUAUUCCCCCACGUCCCCUACCUACUCCCCAACCUCUCCCAAAUACUCCCCCACGUCCCCCACUUAUUCCCCAACCAGUCCCAAGGGCUCCACGUACUCCCCCACCUCCCCAGGCUACUCUCCCACCUCUCCCACCUACAGCCUCACCAGCCCGGCCAUCAGUCCGGACGACAGCGAUGAAGAAAACUAGAUGGAGGAGGGGGGCGGAGAUUUGGAAAGCGCCUCCUGUGGCCGGAGGCUGACACUGCAUCCAUUUUUUUUCUAUUUCUCAAUUCUUGCCAGCCAUCCAUUUUUUUUUCAACUUCCAGAGCGACUAGUGAACAUUUUUGUGAUAGACAGAAAAAAAAGAUGGGGGGAGGAGAAAAAAAUUGGACCCCCACUUUUAUUUUAAGGGGGAGGGGUGGGAUUAAUUUUUUUUCUCAUGAGACUUGAAUGACUGAUAAGUGUCCUGUAUUUUUCUGUUUGUUUAUUUUUUAUUGGCUACAAGGUGUAGCUACAUCGUGAAUUUUUAUUUCUUAAGGCAAGGCAGGGUAACUAGAAGGCAUUUGUUGCCCCCCCUUUUUUUUCUCUUUUCAAAAGGAGUUAAUUUUCUAAAAUUCCUUAACUGGAAGGAUAUCGCUAUGGAAAUGACCCAAACCUCCAUAAUACUGAGUUCUGGAAUCUGUCAGUCUCCCCACACUAUGGAAUCCAUUCUAGAUACAGACUGUAUUACUAAGUGGUCUUCUGGACUAGAAUAGGUGUUAUAUUCAGGAGCGAAACCUCUUGUCCGAAGACCAUCAAACGCUCCAGUCUCUGUUAGUGUUGCUGUGUGUUCUUUAACAGGGAUCCAAACCGCAUCCUGGAGAGCCACAAUCCUGGAGAGAACGUUAGUGUUGACCAAUUAAGAAAAUUAAUUGGUUUGAUACUUAAGUAAUUGAUAACUCGGGUGGAAUGAAAACCAGUAAUCCCUGCGGCGCUCCUCCAGGAUUGGGAUUGGCAGCCUGUUUUUAUAAAAUCAGAGGAUCGCUUGAAGUCUUCUUGAAUGACAAAAUCCAGUCUAAUCCAGACUAACAGAAGUACCUUCAGUUUUCUGUAACGUCAAAAGACACUUUGAUCAAAUUAUAUAGUGAGGACCCUUUUUUUAAAAGAGGGAUAAAAUGCUAUGGGGGGUGUGGAAGGUUGGAUUUUUAAUUUAUAUAGAAAUUGCUAAAACCAUUAAACUUGUGAUCCCACAACAGCCCUCUGUCUAGAAACACAACGUUCAUUAAAGCUUUUUAGAUAAUGUUUUUUCAAAUUUUGGUGAGGCAAGACUCUCUCUGCUACUGAAAGACACAGAUCUGAACUAGUUUCGAGUUUGAGAACUCGAUGCGAAAACAACAUUGCUGUGAAACAUUGUUUUUAAAAAAAAAAAACAUUAAACUGCACAAAUCUGACCAGCGUACGGAUCUGUAGAAACGCUCGCCUAAUUCUUGUGUGUUUUUUUUUCUGUAAAAUAAUAUUUAUCCCUUCUAAGAACUUUUUUUUUUUUCUAAACUUGCCAACAAUCGCAUAAUGCUACUAAAAACCAUUUUUCGAAUUGGUUCGUUCAUCGGCUAGCUACUCGACACGUGGCUCAAACACGCCCCCUCUCUGUACAGUUGUGAAUAGCUUUUUACAAUUCCUGGUUUUUUUUUUUUUUGGUUUUGCAAGGAUAAUUGUUGUAUAGUUUUUGUAAGGUGCAAAUAAAAAAAUUAAAUAAAACUA